AUGGAGGAUAUUUCCUUGUGGUUGAGGCUCGCACAUCAACUCCGGGGCUUCGUCCAUUCGAGGACCUCAGCUACAACCAAGAGCUUCCACGCCUCGGGCACGGAGCCUCGGUUAGAAGCAGUUCGGAUGGAACUUGUCACAGUAGCGUCUUUAGACCAUGGGGUAGGUCAUGGGGGGACUUCCGAGGUGGAUAGGUAUGCCAUGGCCGAGGAGGACGUGGAUUAUACCCAGGAGUGGGGGGCUUCUAGAGUGCCCUCAAACAUGACGGGGAAGAGGUUGGGGGAGCUUAGGGAGUGGUACAGUGUGCCUCAUAACAUAGAGAUGUUAGUCCCCGAAUCUAACGAGUGGGCCUGCUAUCCGAGGCCUGGCUGCGUGGCCAAGAGGAAGUACCCAACUCCAGACAUGGCCUCUAUCUUGAAGGCCACUUCUACUGCAAAGGCGAGGCCCCUGAAGCCCGGGUCCAAUGGAGCAAAGGAAGUUCGAGGCAGAAGGCCAGAGAAGCCUAAGGAGCCUCGGGGCAAGGAGAAAGUCUCUGAGGAGACUAAGAAGAGGAAGCUGGUGCACAUCUCCAGCUCAGCUGGCAAGUUCGGGACUUCAGUGUCCUAUAGGGCAGAACAGACCGGUGAGCCAAAGCUCCUUGCUGCAGCCUCUAAGGCCAUCAAAAUGGAGAUGGUAAGAGAGGUGGAGGCUGAAGAGGCCAGAGAAGAGGCUGCAAGGAGAGCUGCGGAAGCCGCCGAAGAGGAGGCGACGAAUGAGAGGCCGGUUCGGGAGAAGGGGAAGUAUCCCAACUUCCUAGCUGGGAGGGAGGAUGAGCUAGCCCCAGCCUUGGUGGAGGCCCUCCCUGAGGAAAUCAGAGGUGCCACCGAGAGCUUUUACAAGUUCUGGACGGAGAGGUGGCAGCUUCAUGCCUCGUCUUGUGAUGCCACCGACCUUACAAGGGCACUGGUGAGCCAAAGCGCCUGGACCUUUGGCCUCACGCUCGAAUGCAGGAAGGCAUUAAGUGAAUUUCAGACAAGGACUCACGCCUCAGAGGGGAAGGCUGCCUCCUUUGCAAAGGAGGUCAAAGUUGCUAAGGCCGAGGCCGAAGAGGCCAAAGCACAGAGGGUAGAAGAAGCGGCGAAGCUCGAGUCUGCUUUGGCCCAAAUCGAGGCCCUAAAGAGGGAAGUUUAUGAGUCACAGUGUGAGGUGGCCUCCUUGAGAAAGAAGGUGGAGGUCUCCAAUGAACACCAGAAAGUGACUGCUGAGGCUCUGGAGCAGGCGAAUCUCGCCUUGGCCGGCGCUCGUGAUGCCAAUCAGUUUCUCGAAGGGCAGGCUAAGUGGUACAUGAACGACGCCUCGGCUGCCAGAGAAGAGGCCCGAACUGCAGCGGAAGAGGCGGUGAAGGCAUACAUCGCCAACUUCCACACCACAGAGGAGUACAAAAGUUUCAGCGCGUACUGGAGGAACUUCGCCUAUGCCGAAGUGCUAGAGAGGGCGGAGGAGCUUUAUCCCAACUCGGAUCUGGCACAACUUAGGUCCGAAUUUGUGGAUGAGGUUCCUCAGAUCCCAGCUGAGGAGGUGCACGGUGACCAGGCAGCUGAUGCUGAAGCCCCAAGUGCUGAGGCAGAGGAAGCAACUACUGAUGCCCAAGUUGCUGAACCCCCAAGCGUGGAGGCGGCUCCUCCAUCCAGCCAGGCUUAG